UUCUGUCAUUUUGUCAUGGCUAUGCAUCAGGGCAGGGUGUUGCCCUUGGUAAACAUAUCUGCUUUUUGUCUGUUUGCUGAGAGUCUCCAACUGCUGAGCAACAGCUAUGAACUGAGAAGGCUGUUCACGCCUUUCAAGUUGUGACAUCUUUGUCUGUACUCUGUGAAAGCUGGAAGUAUGGACUCGAUAAGCUGUCUGAAACAUGAGGCCCACCUGAAGAAGAUGGUCCUGGUCAUUGUCUUCAUCGCCUUGUUCCUGGAUCACAUGCUACUGUCAGUGGUUGUGCCAAUUCUACCAAGUUACCUGUACAACACUGACCAGGAUGCCACCAGCACUCCAGGGAACGGCACUGACUCAACAAAUGAUCCUCCUAUCAUCCACUCAGUCAGUAACUCUAGGAUUUUGGCCUCUACAUUUGCAUCUCCAAGCCAGAACCUGGAUCUCUCCAGUUCAACCUACUCUGAAGCAGAUGCUGAUCUGGACACAGUAAACAUAAAAGUUGGACUGUUGUUGGCCUCCAAGUCCACCAUACAGCUAAUUGUUAACCCUUUCAUUGGGCCACUUACUGACAGAGUUGGAUACCACAUCCCAAUGUGUGCUGGUUUCUGCAUUAUCAUCCUUGCAACCACUUUGUUUGCCUUUUCAUCUAGUUUCAUCUUACUGCUGUUGGCCAGAUCUGUGCAAGGUAUAGGUGGAUCCUGCUUGUCUGUGUCAGGAAUGGGUAUGUUGGCUGAUGUCUACAAAGAUGGCACGGAGAGAGGACGUGCAAUGGGUAUAUCCUUCUCUGGUCUGGCCUUAGGAUUGAUAGCGGGUGCUCCAUUCGGCAGUGUGAUGUAUCAGUUUGUGGGGAAGAUGGCUCCGUUUCUGGUCCUGGCUAUCAUUGCUGUGUUGGGUGGAGGUUUACACUUCCUCAUCUUUCAACCAUUGCAGGCGCAAACAGAGAGGGAAAAAGGGACUCCACUGCUGACUCUCUUGAGGGACCCAUACAUUCUCAUUGCAGCUGGAGCCAUAUGUUUUACAACUCUGGUUAUUGCUACAAUAGAAACAACCCUUCCUGUCUGGAUGAUGAAGACCAUGUCUGCUAGCAAAUGGCAGCUAGGCAUUGUCUUCUUGCCAGACAGCUUAUGCUACCUCAUUGCCUCCAACAUCUGCAGUCGCCUGUCACAAAAAUACAGUAGAAGUUGGCUAUGGGCUUGUAUUGGAAUGGCUGCGGCAGGAAUCACCACCAUUUCUUUUGGAUUUUCCAGCACCAUCUACCAUUACAUUGUACUGAAUGCAUUUAUUGGCUUUUCAUCUGGCACAGUGGACUCUUCAGUAAUGCCUCUCAUGGGUUACUUGGUAGACAUGAGACAUGUGCCGGUAUACGGUACGGUUUAUGCUAUUGCCGAUGUCGCAGUUUGCAUUGGAUUCUGUGUAGGUCCAGUGAUUGCGGGUCCUGUAGUGGCAUCAGUUGGCUUCCCCUGCCUCAUGUCCAUAAUUGGAACAGUAAAUUUAAUCUACGCUCCCCUCUGUGUCUUCCUUUUUAGUCCAUCUUGGCAAGGGGAACCUAUGCCAAUAACAAAAUGAACCAAAGGAAGCUCAGCCUGCGAACUUGGAGUCACACUUCACACCAGCUCCAUGGCUCCAAGCAUGGCAAUGUUUACCCAGAGUGCAUGUCUUGCACAAGAGUGCAAAUCAUUGUUGGUUGAAGCAUGUUGACUAUUCAGGAAACAUGACUUAUGAUUCAACAUGUCUUAUCAUUAUCAUUAGGACAACAGGCCACUUGUAGAGUAAACUGCAGCCUGUCAAUUGGGGCACAGUGAAUGGGGGAUGGUGAACGUUAUUUUUUCUUUUUUUAUGUAUCAGUUAAACUGGUGUGUUUAUAUGCGUGUGUGCUAAUUCUUUUUUCUUUUAUAGAAGUAAGUGCUUUAUCGUUGCUGUUCAAUUUUCCAAUUUGUUGCUUUGAUGAAGAUUUGUUUGUGCGUGUAUAUAUUUGUCUCUGACUUUUAGUCUUGUGAAUAACUUUUUUUCUUUAGAUAAUCUUUGUUCAUGCAGUGUUGGGGUGGAUGGAGUAAAUAAGUAAAUAUAAAAGUAUAUAUAAAUAUGAAUUGUCCCAGGGGCAUCUUUGCAUAGCCUGCAUCUGGGGUCCUGUCUGGUGUGGUAGACCCCAGCCUCUAUUGAUCUUGUACUGAGUGCCUGUUCUUGUGCUAGAUAGAUAGAUACUUAAUUGAUCCCGAGGGAAAUCCCGAGGACAGCCUUCUGUGCUGUCCAUCAAUCCAACCUUCUCUAGCCAUUGGUAGGAUUUCUUGGUAUCAGCCACUUCCUCUAUCUGUCGGUGGUGCAUGGCGUGCAAGGGCUUGUCAUUCCAUGAUGGCUCAUCCCCUUCUUCCUCAUCAUUGCCAGGUUUCUGCUGCCUAAGGUAUUCACUUCCUGAUGUAUUCCUGGAUCUUUGUUGUUUCAUCUCGGACAAUCGUUCACGCCACAACACGACACUUGCCAGUCCUCGGCUUCCCUCAUUCCACUUAGUGUACAGUCUCAGGGUGCUGAAUUUGGGGUGAAACCCUCCAUGCAUUGUGAGGAGCUUCCUUGUCUUGAUAUCAGUGGCCUCUAUCUCCUCCUUUGACCAACUUAUUCUGCCAGUGGGGUGGCUAAUGAUUGGACUGGCAGGGCAUAUGUGUUGAUGGCCCAGACUUUGUUCUUACCAUUCAGCUGACUUCCUUGCGGCCUCCUCAUGGUUUCCAUUUGCCUGUGGGAUCUCAAGGUAUUUGUUACUGUUCUGAACAUCUGUCAUGUUGCCUUCUGGUAGUUUAAUCCCCUCCAUUCUGAUCAUCACCCCUCACUUGUUCACUGUUGGCAUACAGUUGCUUGUUGUACAAGUUGCUUCAAAUUAAAAGUUACCCAACACUGCAGAUGAGACAGAAGAAACAUUCAGAGCUGACACUUUUAUCCUUUGCAAAAGGAUCAAGGCCAUUGUGUGACCACUGGAGGGAGCUGGCUCAUGAAAAAACUGAGUGAAACCAAACUUAUUGAAAAGGCUUUACUUAAAGGGUCUGUGGCCUUAUUCUGGCAAAUACUGAAGUCAACAAUGACCUUAUCAGAAUGAGUGAGAAGACCUGAGAUAAAAUAUCCUAACUCUUCAAGAAAGUGGAGUAAGGAUCUGGUGGAUUUAUUUAUUUACUUAUUUUUUGCUGGAUACCCCGUACUCAGUAGGUUAAUCAGUGGGACUCAUGAUAGAAUGUGUAUUAAGAGGAAAAAGAUGCCUUUCGUUGGUAGUAUGAUGUUUUGUUACCCUAUACAAGUGAUGAAGAUGAAAUACAGUAGUAAGUACCUUAGGCACGUUGCCUUGCAAGACAUUAUCAGGGUGCUUUCUGGAACAGUUCACUACUGUCCAAGGUAGAGAUGAUAAGGUAGAAAUGAUUGGUUAUUUGUCUAUCCAUAUAUUAUUAUUUUUAUAAACACAUUUUACAAUUCACCAUAGUCAAAAUAAUGUUUACAUUGCAACCCCAGGAAAAACAAUGACUUAAUUUAAAGUUGAUGUCAUUUAUUUUAAGCAUUCUGAAUACAUUAUAAGAACAAAAGUAUUGAGGCACACCUCUUUAUUACUGAAUUCAGCUUUGGUAUGAGGUUGUUUUUCAGUAAUGGGCUGGGCCCCUUACUUCCUAUAAAGGAGAAUCUUAAUUCUUCAGCAUACUAAGACAUUUUGGACAAUGAUAUG